CUUUGUGCAAUGAGAACGCCAUACCCUAGGUCACGUGAUACUGUCACUGAGGCGGAAAUGAAAGUUCACUAGCGAUAGCGGCGGAGCACAGCUGAAAAAGAGCUGUGAUGUCAUGGCAGCUGCCAGCGUGAGCAGACCUGGCAGUGCCCAGACCACUGAGAAGUCUCAGUUGACCUUGAAAGUGGUGUCAGCGAAGCCCCAGUCCCCAAAGCUGCCGAACCGGCACUCUCGGCUCAGCUCCUUCGUUGAGGUGACUGCAGACGGCCUCACCAGUGAAACCAAAAAAACAGGCAAACGUAGCGGGCACCUCGAGCUGCAGUGGAACGAAGACCUCACCCUUAAUGUGACGCCACAGAGUCGUCUGGAUCUAAAGCUGUGGAGCUGCCACACCCUGAGAAAGGAGCUACUGGGCAGCGCAACCAUAGACCUGCUGGACACGCUGCGCUCGCACGAUGGCAAGAUGGAGAACGUCCAGCUGAGUCUGGUGCUGCAGACGGAGAACAAAGGCUCGGUUGUAGCAGGAGGCGAGCUCAACGUCUGUCUGGACGGCAUGGUUGUUGAUCUGGGCUCGCUGCCCAAUGGCAGCACGGCAGCAGACAAGAUACUUCAGUCAGAUAGACCCAACCUGAGGAGGACACAGAGCGAGGAGACUCCCAGUACAGCGGGAUCACAGGCCAGGAGCAACAGGCACUCAGUGGGGGGUUCGCAGGGUGAGUCCCCGGGGGGCUCCAGCGGGACCUCUCUGACAAAUGGGGAUCUGAGUGAGGAGCAGAUCCCUGGACCCGGCGCUCGCCGGCGGUCCUCUAAGAGUCACGGCAGCCCCGGAAACAGCGCAGAUAAGGUUGAGCUGACGUCUAAUGGACUGGAGAACAAUCGUGGCGUUUCCCGACACACGCCUCCUCCUUCUUCUCCUUCAGGCAGGUCUCCAGCUGCCAGCAGCAGCAGCAGUAGCCCCUCUCCUGGUCAGCAGGAAGCUCUGGGUCCAGCUGCCUCAGUGGAGCCCAGCUCCAACACAACCUCCAGCACAGAGCAGGCCAGCAACAGCACCACAGAGCCCACCACAGACUCACUCCCAGCAGGCUGGGAGCAGAGGGUGUUGCCUCAUGGCAGAGUGUAUUACGUUGACCACAACACCAAAACCACAACGUGGGAGAGACCACUGCCACCGGGCUGGGAGAAACGGGUUGACCAGCGGGGCAGGUUCUACUAUGUGGACCACAACACCAGAACCACCACGUGGCAGAGGCCCACAGCCGAGUCUGUGCGAAACUACCAGCAGUGGCAGAGCCAGCGCAGCCAGCUGCAGGGCGCCAUGCACCAGUUCAGCCAGCGCUUCCUCUACCAGCCAUCCGGUGCUCCGGUGGAAAAUGACCCUCUGGGCCCGCUGCCUCCUGGAUGGGAGAAGCGUCAGGACAAUGGCAGGGUGUACUUCGUCAACCACAACACACGGACGACACAGUGGGACGAUCCUCGGACCCAAGGGAUGAUCAAGGAGCACCCCCUGCCCCCGGGCUGGGAGAUGAAGUACACCGCCGAGGGAGUCCGAUAUUUCGUGGACCACAACUCGCGCACCACCACCUUUAAAGACCCUCGACCUGGGUUUGAGUCAGGGUCACGGCAGGGCGGUUCACCAGGCGCUUACGACCGCAGCUUCAGGUGGAAAUACCACCAGUUCCGUUUCCUGUGCCAUUCUAAUGCCUUACCCAGCCACGUGAAGAUCUCCGUGUCCAGACAGACGCUGUUUGAAGACUCGUUUCAGCAGAUUAUGAACGUGAAGCCAUACGAUCUUCGUCGCCGGCUCUACAUCAUUAUGAGAGGGGAGGAGGGCCUGGACUACGGUGGCAUCGCCAGGGAGUGGUUCUUCCUGCUGUCCCACGAAGUCCUGAACCCCAUGUACUGCCUGUUUGAGUACGCUGGCAAGAACAACUACUGUCUGCAGAUCAACCCAGCAUCCUCCAUAAACCCCGACCACCUCACGUACUUUCGCUUCAUUGGUCGCUUCAUCGCUAUGGCUUUGUAUCACGGAAAGUUCAUCGACACCGGCUUCACGCUGCCUUUCUACAAGCGAAUGCUGGACAAGAAACCCACUCUCAAAGAUCUGGAGUCCAUAGACCCGGAGUUUUAUAACUCCAUCAUGUGGGUCAAAGAGAACAACCUGGAGGAGUGCGGCGUGGAGCUGUAUUUUGCACAGGACAUGGAGAUCCUCGGGAAGGUUUCCACUCACCAGCUGAAGGACGACGGGGAGAACGAGCUGGUCACCGAAGAGAACAAGGAGGAGUACAUCAGCCUGCUGACAGACUGGAGGUUCACCCGCGGGGUGGAGGAGCAGACCAAAGCCUUCCUGGACGGCUUCAAUGAGGUGGUGCCUCUGGAGUGGCUUCGCUACUUUGACGAGAAGGAGCUGGAGCUGAUGCUUUGUGGGAUGCAGGAGAUCGAUUUGGCCGACUGGCAGAAGAACACCAUCUACAGACAUUACACCAAGAACAGCAAGCAGAUCCACUGGUUCUGGCAGGUGGUGAAAGAGAUGGACAACGAGAAGAGAAUCCGUCUGCUUCAGUUUGUAACGGGAACCUGUCGGCUGCCCGUCGGAGGGUUCUCCGAGCUCAUAGGAAGUAACGGUCCCCAGAAGUUCUGCAUAGACAAAGUGGGGAAGGAGACUUGGCUUCCAAGAAGCCACACAUGCUUCAAUCGUCUGGAUCUGCCUCCCUACCGAAGCCUGGAGCAGCUCCGAGAGAAGCUCCUGUUCGCCAUCGAGGAGACGGAGGGAUUUGGACAGGAGUGAGGCGAGGCGAGGAGGCAGAGACGGAGGACACUUAAAUCGACGACUAGUUUUUUUGUUGUUGGUCUUAUUUUGCGUUUGUUAAUCACAGGGCUGAGGAGUCACCUGUCAGCUAAACAAGCCUUCACCUGGGCGAGGAUCAUGUUAGUGAGCUAGUGACCUGAAUCAUGGGAUCAGGCUUGAGGCACAGGAACACAGAAGAGUGUGUGUGUGUGUGUGUGUGUGUGUGUGUGUGUGUGUGUGUGUGUGUGUGUGUGUGUGGCUGCUCAUGUUAAUGCCAUUGUGUAUUUGCAUAUAAAUGGUGUGUGCGUGUGUGUGUGGAUUAAACAGGAUGACCCCCCCCCCCCCUUUACUCACUGCUUAGAACCGCACCAAAACCAGACGACAUGAUAGUUUUAAUGUCAGCAGCGACUCACAGUGACAGCACGGCUACCCGCAAAUGCAGUAUAACAUAUCUACCAGAGAGACGUACAUUUUAAGCAUAUUAAAGCAGCGAGACGGCAGCGUGUGAGAGGAAGCUGUUAUCGUGAACUAGUGCACCUCUGUUACAGAGGUCAGAGAGAUGAGAUGCGAUUUUAUUUUUUAUUUUUUCUGUUAAUUGUGAAAUUCAGCCGAUUUCUCCUGUAUAUAACUCAAAUAAAUGAGAUUUCAGUCUUAA